CAGCACUCCACCUCAAUAGCCGACAGAAUAUUGUUUCUUUACCACAGUGGUCUCGAAUAGGCAUGGACGCUGAUACCCGAUACUCCUGAGAUGACACUUUGAAGGUGGAUAAGACGCAACAGCGAAUCUAUUUUAAAAGCACCUUUUAAAGCUCCGGACUGGGGCGCAGUCCUUGGGCUCGAAUCGCUCAAAGGCCCGGGUCCGGUUCGUGCGUCCGGACGGGCAUGUGAGGUUCGGAGGGCGAGCGCUCUCCCUGCGGCGUGCGUGUGUGUGUGUGCGUGUGUGUGUGUGUGCGCUGCUCUUCAAUGGAGCUCUGGUAACGGAGCGGUGCGCUCGGGGCUCCAGCACUGUCAAGGGAACAUCAAGUUCAUGUCAGACAUGGCGAGGAGGACGAGGCGAUCGACACCUGCCGCCCCGCUCUUCCCUUUAUUUUUGGCUCUUCUCCACUCCGUGCGCGCUCAGCUCCCCGCGAACGAAGUGGCGGGGUUCAGUCUGCACCCUCCGUACUUCAACCUGGCGGAGGGGGCUCGGAUCUCUGCCACGGCGACUUGCGGAGAGGAUGAAGCUGGCAGGCCCAAGACCGAGCUCUACUGCAAGCUUGUGGGGGGACCAGCUGCGGGGCUGGCGAGCCAGACGAUACAGGGCCAGUUCUGCGGUUACUGCAAUUCCCACGACCCCAGUACCGCCCACCCGGCGAGCAACGCUAUCGACGGGACGGAGCGCUGGUGGCAGAGCCCCCCCCUCUCCAGCGGGCUGGAGUACAACGAAGUCAACGUCACGAUGGACCUGGGCCAGCUGUUCCACGUGGCCUAUGUCCUCAUCAAGUUUGCCAACUCUCCCCGUCCUGACCUUUGGGUUCUUGAGCACUCAGUUGACUUUGGAAGAACCUACUCUGCUUGGCAGUACUUUGCACAUGCAAAAGGAGAUUGCAUUGAAAGGUUUGGAAAGGACCCUAAUGGACGUAUAUAUAGAGAUGAUGACCAAAUUUGUACAACAGAGUACUCACGGAUAGUACCAUUGGAGAAUGGGGAGAUUGUUGUGUCUCUGGUGAACGGUCGUCCUGGAGCCAAGAAUUUCUCAUAUUCCCCAGUCCUGCAGGAUUUUACCAAAGCCACCAACAUCCGUCUGCAUUUUCUAAGAACCAACACCCUCCUGGGACACCUGAUAUCGAAGGCCCAGCGGGACCCAACUGUUACCCGCAGGUAUUACUACAGCAUUAAGGACAUCAGCGUUGGGGGGCGCUGUGUGUGUCACGGACACGCACAAGUGUGUGAUGCCCGGAACCCUGCAAACCCAUUCCGACUUCAAUGCGACUGUCAGCAUAACACUUGUGGGGAGACCUGCGAUCGCUGCUGCCCAGGGUUCAACCAAAAGCCAUGGCAAGUAGCCACCUCUGAAAGCGCCAACGCGUGUGAGGCCUGUGAGUGCCAUUCGCACACCUCUGAGUGCUAUUAUGAUCCUGAAGUUGAUCGCAGACGAGCAAGUUUAAAUAUCUAUGGCAGAUAUGAAGGUGGAGGAGUUUGUAUCAAUUGCCAGCACAACACAGCUGGGAUUAACUGUGAGCGCUGCAGGCAAGGCUACUACCGCCCAUACGGAGUUCCCAAGGAGUCGCCCACUGGAUGCAUUCCGUGCAGGUGUGAUCCCCGCUCCUCGGAGGGCUGUGAGGAGGGCUCCGGGCGAUGCUCCUGCAAGCCCAACUUUUCCGGAGAGAACUGCGAGCGCUGCGCCGACGGGCACUACGGCUUCCCACAAUGUAUCCGAUUUCCUGUUUUUCCGACAACCACUAAAUCUCCUGCAGACCACAUUGUGGACAGCAAGACUUGCCCUGCAAGGUACUUUGGACCACCCAACUGUCAACCUUGCCGGUGCAGCGGACCAGGGGCGGCAGAUCAGUUCUGUGAUAUGCUGACGGGAGACUGCAGGUGUCGGACAGAAUUUCAAGGCAAAUACUGUGAACGCUGUGCUCCGGGGCAUUUCAAUUACCCUAACUGCCAAGCAUGUUUCUGCAACCCAGCUGGGUGCCAGCCCGAGGUGUGUGACGCCUCCGGACAGUGCCUGUGUCGCCCAGAGGUGGAGGGAUCUCGGUGCGAUCAGUGUCGCUCGGGGUACCAUUCCUUCCCCGUCUGCCAAGCAUGUAGCUGCGAAGGAGCUGGAGCAGUGGACCAGACCUGCGGUCCGAGGGGCCAGUGUAGAUGUCACACCAACUACGCGGGGCUGAAAUGUAACCAGUGUGCUCCAGGACACUAUGGGUACCCCAGCUGUUACUCGUGUCAGUGCCACCCCGAAGGCUCGUCCCCGGCGCCGUGUGACCAGGUGUCGGGGCAGUGCUCCUGUCGCCCUGGCGUGGCCGGCCUGCGCUGUGACCGCUGCGCUGAGGGGGGGUUUGACUUCCCACUUUGCCAAGUACCCAACUGUAACCCAGCAGGCACUGAAUUCAACGCACUGGACACGCAUCCGGGGUCUUGCCAGUGUCUGCCAGAUGUUGAAGGCCCUUUCUGUGACAGGUGUAAACCCCUGUACUGGAACUUAGCUCAGGAGAACCCCAAUGGGUGCAUAGAGUGUCAGUGUGAAGUCAAGGGCACAGUCAGCGGCAUUGGAGAGUGUCAACAGCAAAGCGGCGAGUGUUACUGCAAGCCCAAUACCUGCAGCCACACCUGUAAUGCUUGUAAGGACGGAUACUUCAACUUGCAGAAAAGCAGCUAUUUUGGAUGUCAAGGCUGCCAGUGUGAUGUUGGAGGCUCAGUCAGCCAUGCUUGCGAUGAGAGGUCUGGACAGUGCCAGUGUCGGCCACAUGUGGUGGGACGCACCUGCAACCAGCCAGAAUCGAACUUUUACUUCCCGGAUCUGCACCACAUCAAAUACGAGGUUGAGGAUGGAGUGACUCCCAGUGGCAGGACUGCACGCUUCGGCUACGACCAGCGGGAAUUUCCAGACUUCAGCUGGAGGGGCUACGCAACCAUGUCAUCUGCACAACCAGAGGUGGUCCUGCCAGUCACUGUGACUUCUUCUAGCCUCUACCGUAUUAUAGUACGUUUCGCCACCCCGGCUUCCAAAACGCCUGCCAGAGGGAGGAUCUUGGUGGCAGAGGAAGUUCAUUUUCCCUCUUGUUGUAAUUGGCCAGGACAAAGCAAGGAGGUGAUAUUUCCACCCAGUUCUUCCCCAGCUUUCAUCACCGUCCCAGGGAAUGGGUUCACUGAUCCCUUCCCUCUCCUCCCGGGGAAGUGGGUCAUUAGUAUCAAGGCUGAAGGCGUCCUAUUGGACUACUUAGUGUUGCUGCCCAGCAGUUACUAUGAAGCACCUAUUCUGUCCCUGAAGGUCACCGAGCCGUGCACAUACGAGUCCAGUGCAGAGAACUCCGACUGGAACUGCCUGCUGUACAAACACGUGCCGAUGGAUGGGUUCCCAGCUGCUCUGGGAACCGAGGGCCUGCACUCGACGAGGGUCGAAGUCCGCAUACAGCAGCCUACGCCCCAGCACCCCGAGAUGGUCUCUUUCAGUGGCCGACAGGCCAGGCUACAACAAACACUGCGAGUGCCUCAGCCGGGCAAGUAUGUGGUGGUUCUGGAGUACGCCAGCGAAGAUGAGGCCCUGCAGAGCGUCACUGUGAUGAUAGGCGACCAGCCUGCGGGUGCCACUCAGGGGAGAGUCAAUAUAUUCAGCUGCAAAUACAGCUUCCUGUGCCGCAGUGCUGCCGUUGAUGAACAGAAUCGCAUUGCCGUCUAUGAGCUGCCUCAUAAAUUCGAGCUGCUGCUCCAGGCCUCCACAGCUCGUUUCCUCCUGUACAAGGCUUAUGUAGUUCCUGCGGAGGAAUUCUCCACAGAGUAUGUCAAUCCAAAGGUCUUCUGCAUUUCCACCCCUGGGCGCUUCUCUGAAGACAGUAGGUUCUGCAUUCCAUCCAAGUACGAACUGCCUCCAUCAGCCACUGUUUUAGACGCAGUCAGAGAUGGGCGCCUGUCUUUCGGGUCAGAACUUCCACAGUCCUCAGUGCUACAGCAAGGCACACAGGGAGGUGGCCCACUGUCUCCUUAUAAUCCCCGGGGAGAUGGUGUACUCCUGAAGUUCCCUCAGAAUCAAAUAUCCUUCCGCACCCGACUCCCAAGGGAGGGCAGAUACGUGUUUGUUGUGCAUUUCCGUCAGCCCGAGCACCUCUCGUACGCAGUGAGAGUGCAGGUGGAUGGAGGCAGACCUUGGCUUGGGUCCUUCAAUGCCUCUUACUGCCCUCAUGUCUCUGGGUGCCGCGACCAGGUCAUUGCAGAAAACCGCAUAGUCCUGGACGUCCCUGAGCAAGAGCUAGUGCUGACCCUGGCCAUUCCUCAAGGAAAGACACUUACUAUGGAUUACAUUUUGGUUGUUCCUGCAGAUAAUUAUACUCCAGAUCUACUUAGUGAAAAACGUUUGGAUAAGUCUUUUGAUUUCAUCCAUAAGUGUGGAGGAAACAGCUUUUACAUUGACCCGGUCUCGUCUUCACCAUUCUGCAAGGACUCUGCGCGAUCUCUGGUUGCUUUCUUCAACGGCGGGGCUCUGCCAUGCGGCUGUGACGAGGCCGGCGCCACCGGCCCUGCCUGCGCGGCCGACGGCGGUCAGUGCACAUGCAGGCUGAACGUCAUCGGGCGCCGGUGCAGCCGCUGUGCCACGGGCUAUUAUGGGUUUCCCUACUGCAGACCUUGCGACUGCGGCCGGCGCCUGUGCGACGAGGUGACGGGCCAGUGCAUCUGCCCGCCCCAGACCGUCAAGCCCUCCUGCGACGUGUGUCAGGAGCAGACCUUCGCCUUCCACCCGCUGGUGGGCUGUGAGGAGUGCAACUGCUCCCGCCGCGGGGUCGUCAGCAGCGCCAUCACCGACUGCGACCGGGCCGACGGGCAGUGCAGAUGUAGACCGAGGAUCGCUGGGCGGAAGUGUGACGUCUGUGCUGCCGGGUACUACCGCUUCCCGGAGUGCGUGCCCUGCGACUGCAACCUGGGAGGGGCGCGGCCCGAAGUGUGUGACCCCCAGACCGGCCGGUGCCUCUGCAAGAAAAAUGUUGUGGGCGCAAAGUGCGAUGCCUGUCGCCCAGGAUCCUUCUACUUCGACCCAGCUAACCCCAACGGGUGUACAAGCUGUUUCUGCUUCGGAGCGACCAGUCAGUGUCGGAAGUCUGGGAAACGUCGCAGUAAGUUUGUAAGCAUGCGGAUGUGGCGCUUGGAGAAGCUGGAUCAGGAGGAGGUUCCUGCUGUGUUCAACCCUGCCAGUAACACAGUGGUGGCCGACAUCCAGGAGCUCCCAGCCUCUGUCCAUGACCUCUACUGGGUGGCACCCCCAUCAUACCUGGGGGACAGGGUGUCCUCAUAUGGAGGCUACCUUACUUACCAGGUUAAAUCGUUCGGGAUUCCCAGUGAAGGAAUGAAGCUGUUGGAAAGGAGGGCUGACGUGCAGCUUACUGGGCAGCAGAUGACAUUAGUGCAUCUUGACCCACAAAACCCCUCACCUGAUAAGCUGUACCAGGGUCGAGUGCAAUUGGUUGAGGGCAAUUUCCGGCACGCCACCACGAGCAGCCCCGUGUCACGGGAGGAGCUGAUGAUGGUGCUGGCUGGCCUGGGGGGGCUGCGGGUGCGAGCGCUGCACUUCUCCGAGAGCCAGCGGCUCAGCCUGGGGGAGGUGGGGCUGGAGGAGGCCAGCAGUUCCGGGAGUGGGGUGGCCGCCAGCGCCGUGGAGGAGUGCACCUGCCCGCCCGAGCUCCGCGGGGACUCCUGCCAGAAAUGUGCCCCUGGAUACUACAGAGACAAGACUGGCCCAUACCUUGGUCGCUGUGUCCCGUGCACCUGUAAUGGCCUUUCCAGUGAGUGCGAGGACGGGACAGGAAAGUGCCUGAACUGCCAGCACAACACUGCAGGAGACAAAUGUGAGCGUUGCAAAGAGGGCUUUUAUGGAGACGCUCUGCAAAAAAACUGCCAAGUCUGCCCAUGUCCGUUCAAUAUACUUUCCAACAGUUUCGCUACUGGUUGCAAGGACGUUGGUGGAGGAUUUGAGUGCGUGUGUAAACCAGGAUACGCUGGACGCAAGUGUGAAAGGUGUGCUCCUGGUUACUAUGGAGAUCCAAUGGCAUUUGGUGGCAGCUGUCGUCCCUGCAACUGUAACAAUGGUAACCCUAGCAGCUGUGACCCCAGGACUGGAGUUUGCAGAAGCAACGAGGAGCCCAAGGAUACUACCUCGGACGGGCAGUGUCAAGAGUGUGACAGCUGUGUUCAGACAUUAUUGAGCGAUCUUGAGAGGAUGGAUGAUGAACUACUGAGUUUAAAAUCCCAGCUUGAGAACGCUGGCGCUAGCUCUAUUGCAAAGGAAAAAAUGAAGAACUUGGAGGAUGCUAUUGCAGCUACAAAGAACCUGAUAAGCAAGUACAGUUCCAGUCUCGACAGCCAAAAGUCUAAAGUCUCUGGCCUGGAGUCCGAUACCAUCAACCUCACUCAGGAUAUAAACAUUUUGAAAGAAAAGGCCGAAAGAAAUUCUCUAAAUUCUCAAAUAAUUAUGGGUAACAUAGAUCUGACAAGCCAGAGAGCUAUGAAUUUAGUGACUGAGGCACGGACGGUUUUCGGGAAUGUUCAAGAGCUGCUCAGGAGCUUCACGGAAAGAGUGGACGGCCAGGGUGUUCCCGGCGAGGACUUCCAGAGGAUGCUGGCUGACGCGGAGCGCAUGGUGCGAGAGAUGGAGCAGCGCAGCUGCAGCGCGCAGAAGGAGAUGGCGCACAAGGAGAAGGACGAGGCCAAGAAACUGCUGGAUCGUGUUCAGAAUGACUUGACAAAACAACUUGAGAAUAACCAGCAAGCCGCCAAAAGAGUUGGGGGUUUAUUGAAUCAGUAUGAAUCCAAGCUUGAGGAUUUGGAAGAGGCUUUAAAACAAGCCAGGGAAGCUGUGAAGAAAGCCAACGAUCAAAAUGGAGUGAAUGCCCUUUCACUGAGAGAUGCUGUGAAGCGUAUGGAAGAUCUGCAGGAGGAACGCAACAAGGUUGCAAGCCAAAUUGGAAUUGCCAAAGCUCAAGUGGAGCAGACUGAAGAUCUUCUCGGAAAACUUCAAGACAGUAAAAAGGAAUAUGAAGAACUGGCAGCAAAAUUAGAUGGAGCAAAAACUGACCUGAGCAGAAAAGUGAAUGAACUUUCCAAAGCUGCAUCUAAAGAAGAUAUUGUUGAGAGAGCUGAAAAACACGCGGAGAAUCUUGACCGUCUGGCUAGCGAACUGCAGGAAGCAGUGAAAAAUGCAAGCGGUAGUUCUGAAGUGCGCUGUGCAGUGGAGGCUAUCGAGGCCUACAAGAACAUCACUGACGCAGUGAAGGCUGCAGAAGAUGCAGCCAAACAGGCGAAAGCCGCAGCAGAUAAAGCUUUGAGGGAUGUUCAGCAAGAGGACCUGACAAGAAGAGCAAAGGACCUGAAAAACAGUGCUGCAAAUCUGCUAUCAGAAGCAGGAGAAGAGCAAAAUGAUCUUAAAACGGCCACUUCAGACCUUGCAACCUUACAAAAUCGUUUGAAAGACGCUGAAAAAAAGAAGAAAUCCUUACAAAAUGACCUUCUAACAGCUCAAAAUGAACUCGACCAGAUUAGGAGAGCGGACAUUGGAGAUGCCAUCGAAGAAGCGAAGGGAAAAGCUGCGGACGUCAACAUGAAAGUAGAAAAUGUCAUGGGCAGGGUCAAAACCAUCGACAACGAGCUGAGCAAAAUAAACAUUGGCCGUCCAGUUGAUUCCAAUUUAGAAAAAAUAAUAGCUGAAGUUGACCAGUCCGUUCAAAACCUAACCAACACCAUUCCCUCCCUCCUGGACAAGUUCAGCAUGAUAGAGGAGAUGAAUUCGCAGAUGGCCCCUCCCAGCAACAUCUCAGAAAAUAUCAAAAGAAUUAAGGAGCUCAUUGCUAUGGCCAGAAAUGCAGCUGACAAGAUUGUUGUUCCUAUGAAGUUUGAUGGCAAUGCCCAUGUGGAGCUACGUCCACCAAGUAGCACUGAGGACCUGAAGGCCUACACCUCCCUGUCCUUUUACCUGCAGAGACCCGUCUUUAGAGGCGAUCGUCGAAGACGACAGGCUUCUGACAGUGGGGAUUUGUUUGUGUUGUACUUGGGCAGUAAAGAUGUCUCCAAAGACUACAUCGGAAUGGGUCUGAAGAACAACAGGCUUUUCUGCAUUUACAAACUGAUGGGUGAAGAGUAUGAAAUAAAUGUGGACACUUCAGUCACAGACUCAAAAACAGAAGAAUCCAUUCUCGACAAGAUUGAUUUUAACAGAAUUUACCAGGAUGCCGAAGUCUAUUAUACCAAAUUAUUUACUUCGAAUAAUCCGGAUCCUCCCAAACAGUUAACAAAUGCUGGCAAGUAUACCAGAAAUCUUCUCAGCCUUGAACCCAGUGAAGUGGUGUUCUAUGUUGGAGGAUAUCCAGACAGUUUCACUCCCCCGUCUCCCUUAAAUUUGCCCAAAUAUCGAGGGUGUAUUGAGUUUUCUAGCAUGAAUGAUAAAUUCAUCAGCUUGUACAACUUCAAGAAUGCUGUCAAUGUGAAUGUUGAAACACCGUGUAAAAGAUAUAAACGAGGAUCUGAGUUUUGGUACUUUGAAGGCACUGGAUAUGCAAAGAUUGCCAUCGGCAAGAGCGUUGGGACAUUUAGGCAGGACAUUCUAUGCAGAGCAGAAAACGGGUUACUGUUCUACAUUGGAAAUGAGGACUCCUUCUACUCUGUGAGCAUUGAAAACGGUUUCAUAGUAUGGAGGAGUAAAGAAAGGAACGCACCAUUGAAGGAAAGCAGGGGUGAAAAUAAAAUAUUUCCUUCGGAUACCUUAAAAUCUUUUAACAUAAUUUUGACCCGAGAUAAAUUUAUAAUUUCUGGUGCUGAAAAACUGAUCUCAGACUAUAAUGGUAUUGGAACCUACACAGAAUACUACAUUGGAGGAAUACCAAUGUCCAUAAGAGAAAGCAAAAAUAUUACCACUCCGCCUCUGAAAGGAUGCCUAAAAAAUAUUCAGAGCCCAGAAGGCAAUGCUCAGUUUGAGGAAUCUGUGGGUGUGAGUCCGGGAUGUCCUAAUGACUUCUUGAUUUCACGCGAUGCAACUUUCAGUCUGGGCAGCUCUCUGACGACUUCGGCGGACAGCUUUGACCUGGGUAAAGAUGUCAUGGUGGCAAUGGGCUUCCGGACCACAGAGAAGACGGGUCUCCUUCUUCACAACAUCCAGGCAGAUACUGGGAUGGAACUUUCACUGGAUAAUGGCUUUGUGGUCUUUAAAUUCAAGGAUAAAGUAUGGAAGUCAAACUAUAAGUAUGAAGAUGGAAAAUGGCACUACCUAACAGCAGCAAAGACCAGCCAAAGCAUCACACUGCGCAUUGAUGAAGAAGAUGAAGGAAGAGAUCAGCCCUCAUCCUCACUAGUUACGAGCAUGAAUACACCCAAUAUUAUUCUGGGCAAAGACACAUUUGAAGGUUGUCUUACCAAUGUUUAUAUGAGAAGGCCAGUCCUCUACAAGCCGGAGGACUUGAGCAGAUUCAGCUCAACGGGAAACGUGUCUGUGGGAUCUUGCAGUGCUGAGAAACCACCCCUCUCAAUGAUGGCCAGAACCAGCCUCAGCCGCUCCUCUUUAAGGAGGGGGAAUGAAGUGAAAGAGGAGGCAAUGGAGCUCGAAAGAGUGCAAAACACGUCUGGGUGCCGGCUGCCAGACCGUGUCAGAAACGCCUUCCAGCUCGGCGAGUCACAUGGCCGACUGGAGUAUAACGUCACUCCUCAGAUAUUUCAGGACAGGUCUCAUAUCUCACUCGACAUCCGAACAAAGUCCCAGGAAGGCUUGAUCUUUUACGCUGCUAAUAAAUUCGGGACCUCACAUGUGGCUCUCUACAUAAACAAUGGACGGAUUAAGCUUUCAUUGAGUUCUCCUGGAAAGAAACGGAAAAUAUUUAAUAAAGAAAAAUACAACGAUGGCAAAUGGCACACAGUCAUGUUCAGUUGGGAAAAACGCAGCUUCCGCCUUGUCGUUGACGGCCUCCGCGCACAGGAUGGCGACUUCACCCAAGUCAGCUCUCUCCAGUUGCAGCCACCAAUUUAUCUGGGAAACGUUCCUGCCUUAAGUGCCAGCUCAAAACUCCAGAUCCUUCCUAAAAAUAGUGUCGUUGGGUGUAUCAGGAAUUUCAAACUGAAUGAUCGACCAAUGGCGGAGCCCACUGACAACUAUGGAGUCCCUCCUUGUUUUGAGGGGAACAUGGAAAGUGGGGCCUACUUCUCAGGAAAUGGAGGAUAUGUUGUUUUAGACAAAUCCUUUGUUGUUGGUGUAAAUUUCGAGCUUGUGUUUGAGAUUCACCCAAGAAACCUGACCGGUGUCCUUUUCCACGUCAGUGGUCAGAGUGGACAUCACCUGAGUUUAUUUAUCAAAAAGGGAGAGGUCAUUGUGCAGGUUAACAAUGGAGCAGGUGACUUCAGGGUUGCUGUAACUCCACAACCCACUUUUUGUGAUGGAGCUUUUCACCGUAUAGCAGUAAUUAAAAGAAACAAUGUUGUGCAACUGGAUGUGGACACAGAGGGUCGGUAUACAGUGGGACCAUCAUCUUCGUAUACAACACAGACCAGAGACCCUCUUUAUGUUGGCGGCAUCCCAGAUCCCUCGCAGCGUCCAGAGCUCCCUGUCAGCGCCAGUUUUGUUGGCUGCCUGCAGAAUGUGCGCAUCAACGGGGACCUGGCUUCAUUUUCCAAAGCAGUGGAAGUCUACGGCCCUGUCAGUCUCCGCUCCUGUCCGGCGAGCUAGAGAGAGAGCGCUUAAAAGGGAGGCCUGGCCACGAAGUGCAGUUCCUGGCAGGGAUAUAAACAAGGCUGUAGUUCUGUAGCUCCAUUUGUUUUUAACGAUAAGUACUGUAAGUCUAAGUGUUAGGCCUUUUAUCUACUUUUUAUUAUUUGGAGAUAAGUUAUUAUUAUCCAUCGGUCUGUGCUGUACUGUAGCGUACAGCUUUCUGGAAUACUAUAGGGAUUGAUACCUGUCAGUCUCUACUGUAAGAAACUAAUUCACUAACAUGCUACCACGCACAGUGUAGUAGGUAUUUGCCCUUAAAAGACUCUGUUUAAACUCCUCCGUGUCUGUUUUAAAGGGGCCAAGUCUACAGUAAAUCAAACACACGCUUUCCAUAUAAGUUCUUCCUUUUCAGGGAGGUACCUGUCAUUCUCCCUUCCUCCUGGCACCUCUGUCAGAUUGUAAGGAAAUGGGUAGUUUCACUCUGGAUAGAUAAUACAGGAAAAUAAACACCAGCACGUUUUUUUUGAGUGGCAAGAAACAAAAAUCUCUCUCUCUUUCUUCAGUCUUGGUCCUUUAUUAUUCAGCAUUUAAUUUGGGAGCUUGACAUUUUAAGACAGCUCUCUGAACAAUAAACUAUAAACAUUAUAUCCAGAAAUGUUUCCAUAUUGCAUUAUAUGUAAUUCAUAAGGUCAAUGCUUUGGCUAAAAUAAACCCCAAACUUUGUACUUCUCAAUCCUGAAUGAACUCGUAGCUGACUGUGGUGGGUGUCCUACGUCUCUGUCAGACUUUUUGACAUGAGCCAAGCGAUUAAGAAGAGAGGCUCGGAUUCCCCCUAUAAAAACAUCAAACGCUGUAGCUGCGACUACAAAUACCAUUGGUGACCACUAGAGGGCUCUUGCUGAAGUAGCAGAGAAACAGUUCGAAUAUCGUGUUCUAAGACAACGUACACUUUUCCAAUGAAGAAGACAUCAUUUACAGGUAUUUACAGUGACAGGUGCCUCGAAGCUUAAUAUCUUAUGGGGAAAACAGAAUAUGGUUUCGAAAAAAAAGCAUUACCGUAGUAAAAUCAUUGUUAGAACUGCUAUGUAUUUCAGAAAAAGUCAUUGUAGUAGGUAUUUUUAGUGAGAAUAAAUACUGUGAACGUAAAAUAUCCUCCCCCCCGUAAUCCAAUUACUACACGUGCCGAUAAAUUAGAUGAUUAUUACGGUAUUAUUCUUUCUCUUGUAUUGGCGUUCAGUUUUUUGUAUUCCUAGUAGUCUGCAUCUUUUUAAAAAACUUUUUAAUGUCUUGUUUUUAUACGGAGCCCGGGAGGGGCCUUCAGUAAGAAAAAUAUAUAUCGAGGGAACGAUUUACAAUUCGUGCACACGAAAUAACGAAAUCGUUCCCUUGGUUUUCUUUAACUCGUGCGCACAAAAUAACGUUUUCUAACUCAUCUGUGCAGUAGCUACAAUGUCCUAAUAACUUAUAUCCAAACCCAAAUAAACUAAAUAAGCUCAUCUCUAUCCAUUAUCCUAAUCUACAGCAGUGUCAGUUAGGCUUUAUUGUACCAAUAUAAAAUACACUGUAACGUGUUAACAAGCGUUUGAUAGCGUUGUUGUCAGGAGCCGGGAAUAAUGCUGGCGUUUUGGAAAAUUUCUAUGUGCGUGCGACUACCGUGACACAAAGAAAAUGAAGGAAAGAGUUAGAAAACAUUAUUUCGUGUGCACUAAUUAAAACGAGGGAACAAUUUAGUUAUUUUGUGCCUAUCCCUCGAUAUAACUUUUUUGUGCACACGAAUUGUAAAUCGUUCCCUCGAUAUAACUUUAUUUUUUCCUACCGAUGGCCCCUCCUGGGCUCCGUAUUUUUAUGACUUUAAUAAAUGCAGCGCUGCCGUGCUCUUAUACAGUUCAUUACAGCACAGUGAUAACAGAGAGGACCACAAAGAAAAUGCAGUGGACGGCUCGCCUACAGGGCUGGAGGUGAAAGAGGUUCACUCCCUUCCCCUCUCAACCAGCUCUCUCUCUCCUGCUCCUGCGGGGCGUCUCUGUCUCUCGCUUCUCAUCCCUGUUGUUAUCCUUGUACGGCACACGAGAACCGAGUCUGUGAAAACUUAGGGGCCCAUGGAGACUUAUAUCUCACAUGACACCCAUAGCUGUACAGUCACAGGCAUUACAGAAAGCGGUCACAGGUGAAAUGGGGAAGGCAGAACCCUGAAUAUUGAUGCUUUACUGUACAUGAAGGAGCCAUGGCAGCUCAGAAGGGGCAAGCGAUGGAGCUUGCUUUAAUUCCUGCCAGACUGCUCCCAGGUCCAUUCAUCCUGCUUUCCAAGUGAGAACCGGGGGUUAAUCCUUCUGGGGGUAACAGGCCGGCCGGAGUGUGAUGCUGACCACAUCGCCCCCACCCCCAGUGUUGGAUAGUUGAGAAAAAUGGUGGCCCUUGCCCCCCAUUCCCCAUGAGCCUUUAUGGCCUGAAAAAGGACCUACUGUUCCUGCUGUACGUGAAAUUGUCAGAUCUUGGAAACGCUUCUGCAUUACAUUUGUGGGAACGUGCUCAAUCCCAGCCAAGCAGAGAAAUCUUUAUUAUGUAAAAUUAGCAGUUGCCUAGGGAUUCACAACCCAGUGAAACAGCCGGGUCGCAAAGAUUAACACAUCCCUACUUUAAUGACCAGGACAUGGUCGGAACACGGGCAUGGACAUUCAAGGAACAGCGUCUCUUCCAGCACGGUGUCCUCUGGCUCAUUCUGCUUCAGGGGGAGGGAGGAUGCCAUCUACUGGUCCACCAACACUAUGGGUUUACAGCACCCUGGUUGUGCUUGCAGGUGUCUCAAUACUGUCCAGGCCCCACCCUGCUUACCUGCUGGGAUCAGGUAACACCGCUGUUAGAGCACUACAAAAAUGCAUACAGAUAUGGUGUCAGAAAAAAAUGUUGAACACUGUACUGAUAGAAGAGCAAAUACUUCAUGUUUCCAAUCACCUUGGUUUUCUGUUAUUCAUUACAACACGUAUAUGAUUUUGUGUGUCUGUGUUGUGAUUGAGAAGCAACAUUUAUGUCGAGGAAAAAAUCAUUUUGUUGAUUUGAAAUGGUCCAGCUUGAAAUACUGUAUGUUUUUGACAUUCCUAUCUCCCGAAAACAAAUGUACUGAUUAGACUUUUCUUACAAUAAAAAAACAAGGUAGGAUUUUGUCUUUUUUUUUUUGCAGUGACUGUAAUUGCUUUACAAAACUUCAACAGUCCAUUUGACUCACAAAUGGAUGUUAUUGCAUAUUAACUACAAAAGGAAAUAAAACAUGUGUCACAGAAACAGGUAACAGUAGUCAUCUAAAACUCUGCUUGUCAAAUCUGUGUAAUUAACUAUCCCAUGCGUGGUACAACAUAUGAUACAUUUUUAAAUAAAUCUUUUCAUUUUCAUUGGAAUUCAUAUUUUAGAACAUUGAUAUUUUUUCUUAAACUCCAAGCUGAUCUUGCAUGCUCUCUGUCUGCAAGAAAGGAUCUUGAGUAAUAAAACCAUAUUUUGUAUAAGUUUGAGAAAACUGCUUCUUUCUGUUGGUGGAGAUAUAAUUACAGGUACAAGACCACUAUGCCAAAGAACAGAUCACUCAUGUAACAUUGACAUUUCAAGACAAAGUCUGACACACUGAAUUUCAAAACCGAAUAUAAUAUCAAGCCUAACAAUUACCCUACAAACACCCAGAGUAAAACAUCUGUAACACGCCAUACCCUCAUUUAAAAACAUCAGACUAUCUGUUGCAGUCUUUUGUAAGACUUAAACCUGAACCUACAAAUGACCUUCCCAUGUAAACCUGGAAUAAAGAUUGAGAAUGACCUUUGGGUUGUAAAUGUGUAAAUAUGUGCAAAUUGAGAAUGUUCAUGUGACAAAAUCAAUAUUGUGGCAGUAUGAUUUAGUGUAGUCAUGGUGUAAAUAUAGUGAUGUUAGCCAGGGCUAAACCUGAGAUACAGUCAGUGGUGUCGUCUCUUGGCAAAGUGUUUGAAUAAGCCAGUCUGAGACAGACAGAGUCUGUCUAUAUAUUGGCUAUAUAUAUAUAUGUGUGUGUGUGUGUGACUAAAUGGAUGAUUCCGGGAUGUUGAUCUUUUCCAACACACUGUGUUUCUGCCAUUUCUACUUCUUUUCCUGUUGUGAGAUCUAUCAGCCUGAGGCUGUCCUUGUUAUGGAUUCGGUAAGAGAAACCGAAACCAGUGAGUGAACCCACUUGCAGGAGCUGACAAAGCCUAGCCGUGAUCCAAAGAAAGCCGUAGUCGAAGGAACGAGCCGAGAGUCCAGGGGAAGCCAGAGAUCCAAAAGGGAACGAGUUACCGAAGCCAAAGCGUGAUCCUAAAUCGUAGACAAUAGAGCAAUCCGAUAGUCCAGGGGUAGCCAGAGAUCCAAAACAGAGCGUGAGUAACGAAGCCAAGCCGUGAUCCGAAAAGCCGUAGUCAAAAGGGGAAAAACCGUAAACCGAAAGUCAAGAAGAACACAAGGUAGAAGAAGGAGUAGCGCAACCAGGAAGCUCGAAAGGAAAAACCAAUACUGAGCAAGGAGGUAGGGAAAGACAGGUGUUUAAG